AUGCCACUAGACGCGCAUCUGGAAGAAUGCACCAUAGUUUGGCUCUGUCCCCUCGAGAUUGAGCUUCGGGCGGCCAUCGCCAUGCUCGAUAGGGUCUCCCACGACCUUCUACCGCGCGCUCGAGGGCAGCAAGUCGUCUAUACACGUGGAGAAAUCGGCCACCACCGAGUCGCGGUGGUCGGGUAUUACCAGGAGCAAGGACUCGCUGCUUCUGGAAGUAUGGCCGCGGAAGUCAUUCGAGACCUGCCUAAUCUACAGUUCGGACUCCUGGUCGGGGUCGCAGGUGGAAUCCCUUCAUCUACCAACGGCAUGCAAUUGGGAGAUGUGGCCGUCGCGGUUCCAGAGGGCAACCGACCCGGGAUCGUGGGAUAUGAUCUUGGCAAGGAGGUGGAAGACGGUCGAUAUGAACUAAAGCAUUGGCAGAAUUCGACACACCCACUGCUUCGCUCAGUCAUUAAUGUGAUUCGGGCCCGAAACGGUUCGCAAUUCAGACGACACCUACGCAUCUUAGAUAAACGCCCGGAGUUUCAGAGGCCAGAGGCUGCUUUACCCACGGAUCCUAUGCGCCCGAAGGUGCACUACGGUACAAUUCUCUCGGGUAAUACAGUAAUCAAAUCACAGUCCAGAAGGGAUGAACUAAGGGAUAUGUAUGGUGGUAUCGCCGUGGAGAUGGAAGCGGCCGGGAUUAUGACGAGACUACCAGUCGCUGUGAUUCGAGGAAUCAGUGAUUUUGCAGAUUCCUCCAAGAACAGCGCAUGGCAGCCAUACGCAGCCAUUGCGGCGGCUGCCUAUGCUAAGGAGGUCUUAUUGUGCUUACCCUACGAAGAUCAGAAAAUCGGAAGACUCUUACCAGGCACGUUGAUAUCUCAAAGCAAAAAGUGCCCUAAAGUACGAGAAGGAACCCGAGUAGUCACCAGUUCGUCUCCUUUUGAGGACAAAGGCCUUCGCUUGGCACAAGCCUUGCCGGAGAAAUGGGCUUUCGUGGGCAGAAAAUCGGAGAUGGCAUUUUUGCAGAAGCAGCUGGACUUCUCAAUUCAGCUGCCUAUUCAGAAAACUAUUGUCUGUCUCUGGGGUCUUACCGGCAUUGGCAAAUCGCAAUUGGCGGCUGGGUUCGUGAAUCAACAACUUACAAGCCACCCUGAGCGAGAGAUCUUCUGGAUCAAUGGCGAAAGCCAGGAGAGCUUCGAACAAAGCGUUAUCGGCAUGCUCAAGAAUAAGCAGGAUAGCGGCCUUUUGAAUUUUCAUCAUAAUGUGUUGCCUGGAAUUUCCGUAGCAGAACGCCGCGCUCUUGUCAAUCUAUUCUUCGCCGAACUGAACCGCUUAAGUGACGGGAGAUGGCUGCUGGUCAUUGAUGGCGUUAAUGAAUCGACAUCCUCGAAUACGAGCCCUCUUCCUUCUGAUAUCCAUAAUAAUAUCCGGGCUCCGGAUCUGAUAUCCUUAUUGAAAGGACUGCCGCUGGCGCUCCGUCUUGCCACAUCAGUUAUCUCUCGGUAUCGCUUCCAAAUCAACGAAUAUUUGGAGAUUUGGAAGAGCUACAGCGAUGCCAGUGAGAUACUAGGGACAGAUCAAGCCUUAUAUCGCUCCAUGGAGCUGAGCCUAGAGGAGCUUGAAAAAGUGGAUCCAAUUGCUGCCAACAUACUGGCUCUGUUUAGCUUCCUCGAUCAUAACGAUUUAUGGUAUGAGAUCUGUCACAAUGCAACCGGGGAUGCAUUUCCACGGUGGCUCCAGAAUAUAGCGAGGAGCAUGACGCCCUUCAGAAAUUAUUACCCUUUGCUGGCCGACCUGUCUUUCAUUGAGUUGAAAGUUUCCCCUAAUGGCAGUCGCAUAUGGGAAACACACCCAGCCAUACAGGCGAUAGCAAGACAAAGAGCGAAGACGAAGGAAGAAGAAUACAUUCGUUGUGCAAUAUCGCUCGUGGCAGCCCAGGUUCCCAGGUCAUCCGGGACUAAUUCCUGGGGGACUAUGCGGCGACUAGCGCCUCAUGUCCAGCUGUGUUGGGCUUAUAUCAAAGCAAAGAAAUGGGGACCAAACACCAAUCUCACCGAGCUAGAAAGCCUAGCACGUGUCUUCCGACAGGUUGGGCAUUAUGAUGAAGCUUCGGUCAUUUACCGAAUGAUUGCACGCGGCCUUGGUCUCCAGGAUCCCACUUCGGAUAACCUAGAAUUUCUAGCUGAUGUACUCUCAAACCUUGGACUGGUAUAUACAUAUCAGCGCAAGUUCGAAGAUGCACUCAGGGCCUUUGAUAGAUCGUCGAAAAUUUUGAGUGACCUCGGGACCCUCACACCUGAUGUAUCAAUGUCUAUCGCGUACAACAAAGCCGUGGUAUUCAUGAUGACGGACAGACUGGAUGAAUCGGAGGAACUUCUGCAAAGCGCCGCAGCGCACUUCUCAGACAAUGCAGCCGACGAACACAAUCUAGGCCAAGGUCACCGGAGGUCCUUGAGUCUUCGAAUCUUGAAUGACCUUGGCGAAGUAUUACUGCGACAGGGAGACGCUCUAGAAGCUUUCAAGAUAUUCCAGCACGUCAAGCAUGGCCAAAGAAACUGGCAGGGCGGGCCGCAUCCUGCUCAACUUUCUCUCAAGCUGAACAUGGGAAGGACUCUAACCAGGUUAGGGAAUUUCCCAGAGGCCCGAGACUUGCUGCACGAGGUUGUUUCUAUUUACACAGGCUGGUGGGGAAGACGCCAUCCGGAAACAAUACGGGCGAUCGACGAGUUGGCCUGGACGUUUAUGGAGGAGGCCAAAGAUAAACGGACAAAGGGGGAAACCAAUGACCCAGAGAUACGGAGUGCAGAAGAACUUUGGAAUGAAGCUUUAAUCUUCUAUCGCCGCACUGAUGUAGAGAAGUCAGACACGGUGGCCCGACUUGAAGCAAACCUGACCCAUCUGCACUCUUGCAGGGACCCUGCUUUCAACAUCUGA